AUAAAAAUCCCUCUGAAAUCAACAAUUUGUGUGCAGAAUUAAUCAACAAGUUGUUUUCAAACGGGGCAAACCAGUAAGUGAUAGGUUACAAAGGACUUCACCAGUAAAGUUAACUGCUUAUGCAGUUCAUCCUACAAAAACUCAGGGAUACAUUAUUACUUAAAGUGAAACCCAGUCAUACUGACAGUCAUGGACUUUUGAAGGUUUUUUUGGAGUUCAAGGUCCUCUUGAAGUUUUCGCAGAACAGUUAAGCAAAGACACGGAGAAGAUUGAUAAAUUCGCUCUACAUUUAAGUGGUCAAAUAUUCAACAAGUGGUAAACUGCAGGGCUACCUUUCAGAAAAAGAAAGCAUUGGCCACACCAUUGCCUUAUUACCUCUGCAGAGCUCCAGAUAACUUGUCUGCUAGGAUGAACUUCGCCUCCUCAUUUCCAUCCUCACGCGGAUGUCUCAACUUGUAAUCAUUAAACCAUCCCUGUAAUGGAAGGCUGACUGUAUGGUCUGGAUAUCGUUCAGAGCUGCUUUAGGAAACCAGAAGUCGCUGAAAAUGUCAAGCAGGUAUCACAAAGCAGCAGCUGAUGGCAAUUUGGAUGUCUUGAAAGAAGCCACAAGGAAAGACCUCAAUGCUUCAGAUGAAGAUGGGAUGACGCCUACCCUUCUGGCAGCGUACCACGGAUACCUAGAAGCUCUGGAAGUCAUAUGCCGGAGGGGAGGUGAUCCGGACAAAUGUGACAUCUGGGGGAAUACGCCUCUCCACCAUGCUGCUUGCAAUGGUCACAUCCAUUGUGUUUCUUUUUUGAUCAACUUUGGUGCCAAUAUCUUUGCUCUGGACAAUGACCUCCGCACUCCCCUGGAGGCGGCUGCCAGCAGAGACCGCAAUGAAUGCAUCCAAAUCCUGGACAAAGCUGCCACCGAGCAGAACAUGCUGAACCCAAAGAAGGUCUCCAAACUCAAAGCACAGGCCCAGAGGAAUGUGGAGAAACAAAUCAAGGAAUGCGAGAAGCGCCAAGAGAAACACCAGUAUGAAAUGAACCGGAAUUAUAUGAAAGAACAGGUUGGCACAGUAAAUUCUUCCAGAGGGACCCACUCCAGAGUAAAGUUGCCUAGUCUCUUCACUUCAAAUACAACAAAUUCUUUCUCCAAAAGUUUAAAAGACACCUUCAGACUGAAGGCUAAAAGGACAGCUGACAGUACGAGAAGCCAGGAAACACAGAGCAGUGACCAAGAUACAGGUAGGAAAACUGUGAUGCAUUUGUUUGAUGAGAAAGAGGAGGAUGAGUUACUGAAUGACCUUGGAGAGAUAAACCUUUCUGGAAAUGACAGCCAAGUCUCCAUUUUCAAGCGGCCAGGUCUUGGCAACAUCGUUUUUGGAAGGAAUUUGGCUGCAGAUGUAAAUCCUGGAAAUGUGUCUUCUGAGAAAGAAAGCAUAAACUUUAAGAUCUCCAGUGAGCUCUUUCAGUAUGAAAAUGCUGAGAAUGGCAGAGAAGAUGAUGCUGAAAAUGGUGUUGCUAGCCCAUGGCAUGAGGAAGAAGUCAUUUGGGAUGAUGAGGAAGUAGAGAACAUGCCCCUGGAGGUAUUCCUGGCAUCACAGAUGCUGGAUGAGUUUCUUCCAAUCUUCAUGAGGGAAAAAAUUGAUUUAGAUGCACUGAUGCUAUGUUCUGAUGAAGAUCUACAGAGCAUUCAGAUGGAGCUCGGACCUAGAAAGAAAGUCCUGAAUGCAGUGAAUAAAAGAAAAGAAGCCCUCAAGAACCCUGGAAAGACUAGAGAUACUUGCUUAUAAAAUACCAUGCCUCUUACUGCAACCUGCACACUGAUUGAUUACAGUUUCCUGUUUCCAAAGAGCAUGCAAUUCUUUUCAGACAUCUGCCAAAGCAAAAGGCAGAGGUGUUACCAAUUGCCUUAGAAAGUACAGAAGGAAAAAGAUUUUUCUCUUUGGAUAGAUGGCUGUGGCAUACAGGAUAUUAAUUCGAGCAGAUUCUGCCCUAAAGAAAGAUUGUGAAGGUAAAAAAAAAAAAGCUCUCAAUUUAAAGCUUUUUCUCCCUGAACUGUUUAUGGAGAUGGAUUUCUUUUGGUUUGAAUAACUUCAGCUAUUAGUGAAGGCCAGCCACAUUACACUCCUUAAUAAAACCCUUCCUUUCUUCUCCAAAGCCACAAUGCAAAGAGCAUCUCCAGAGCCUGAGAGCUUUGAGUUUUCUCCCUUAAUUUCUGUUUAAUUGCUACAAACCAACGUUUCUGGUACUGAUACGAUAGAAAUAGCAUCUGAAUCUUGAUUUCAGCUAUGUCUGAUUGAUUAGAAUAGCCUCUGAAUGAAUGGAAAUAAGACUAACUUACAGCAAAUCUUGUGUUCUUGACACUAAAGUGUGUUGCUGUUGUAUUGAAAUUAAUUUAAAAAUACACAAAGUACCUUGCCAAGAGAUGUUAAGUGUAAGUUGUAUAUUCUUUUCUCGUCUCAUUAACCUGGAUGCAGUUGCCAGUGCCCACCCAUCCCUACGGCUGCAGCAUUGUCUGGGGGGUUGGUGUGAACUCAAGGGCAGGACCUGGCCCAUCGAUCCAGCCUAUCCAGGUCCCUCUGCAGAACCCUCUUGCCCACAACCAGAUCAAUACUCCCGCGCAACUUGGGGUCAUCUGCAAACUCACUGCAGGUACCCUCGACCCCCUCCUCCAGAUCAUGGAUAAAGAUAUUAAACAGAAUUGGGCCAACACUGUGCCCUGCGGAUCACCACUUGUGACUUUAUUACUGCAUUCUUUCCUCCUUGGAUUCCAGCUUGAGUAGGUUGAUAUUUUUUUCUGGUAAACAGUCACAUCACAGUCCUGUUCUGUAUAACCUUAAAUGAUUGCACAGUAAUUAAAUCAGAGGGCGUCCUCCCAGACUGUGCUAUGAACCUGCUGCCUUUUUUUCAC